CAGUUAUCAGUAUUCAGUACUAUUCAGUAUACAGUAUACACUAUACAGAAUUACAGAAACAAAUUUUAUUUGAUACAUUUAAAAUUAUUAAUAAUAAAAUUAGUGUAUUAAUCUAGCGAAGUCUAAAGUCUUUAAACAUUUAGUGAAAAGUGAAAAAAACGCUUACGAAUAAAUAAGGUCAUCUCGGUUUGUUGUUAAUACAAUUUUAUUUGGUGAGCAAGAAAACAUAUAAACCUGCUAUUAAAAAUUCAAUCAAAGAAUGUACACUAACUAACGCACUUAAUCUAGAAUGGUUAUUUAAGUUAAAUUUUGAAGUUAACUGGAGCACACCAUAAAAUGGAAAAAAUUAAAAAGUUAUUUCCCAAUAAGGAAGGAUUUAUUGUAUUUGCUUUAUAUAUAAUAUUAUUUGUUUUUCAAGGUGUUUUCAUUACUGCAUCUAAAACUGAAAAUGGAAUAUAUGAUUACAACACAACACUAGUUGUUUUUUUAUCUGAAUUGUUAAAGCUAUUCAUUUCUGCCGCUCUUUAUACAUAUAAAAGAGGAGAUAAACCACAUAUAUUUAAAGCUAUUUCAAAUAAUUAUAAUCUUCUGCUCCAGUACUUCAUACCAUCUUUGCUAUAUUGUUUCUACAAUAAUUUAGCUUUUAUCAAUUUAUCUCAUUAUGAUCCAACAUCAUACUAUAUUCUCCUGCAAUUCAGAGUAGUAUUGACAGCAUUUAUUUUUCAGUUCCUAUUCAAGAAAAAGUUAGCAUUUAUACAGUGGAUAUCUCUAGGCAUACUUACACUAGGUUGUAUGUUGAAGAACUUUGAUGCAGCUACAAUAACAUCCAAGGGAGAUGCUGAUGGUAUCUGGUCUCAGAUAUUUAACAUUUAUUUUGUUUCAAUAAACUUUCAAAACUUCUGUUCAUGCUUAGCUGGCACUUAUAAUGAAUAUUUGCUUAAAACAAAGGGUUCCAAUGUAGACAUAUUCCUACAAAAUGUUUUCAUGUAUUUGGAUUCCGUAAUUUGCAACUUUUUUAUUCUUAUGUGCAAAGGAGAAGUUCUUACUAUGUUUAAAGAUUUUCAAUCUUUAGGUGAUGUGUUUGUGAUAUUAAUCACUGUAAAUAGUGCUAUUGUAGGAAUAGUGACAAGCUUCUUUUUGAAGAAUUUGAAUUCAAUUCUCAAAACAUAUGCUAGUGCUUUAGAGUUAAUAAUAACAGCUGUGGUAUGUUAUAUUUUAUUCCAUAUAGUAAUUACAUUUUACACAAUAGUAUCUAUUUGUUUAGUUGUUAUAUCUGUGGCUAUGUAUUUCAAAAAUCCAGUUAAUAAUACUAAUGUUGAGAGUGAACAGACGAGAAAAGACAAAAAGCCACUUUUAGAUGAGGUUGUUUAAUAAGCUGACAAUGAGAUUGACUAUGAGAUUAUAUAACAUAAGUUGACAAAAAUGUAUACAAGAACGCCUAGGCUUCUUCAAAAUUAUCCUACUUCUACUUGUUUGAAACUGCAUCAAUAAAAAUAAAUUAAGAAUUAAUAAGUAGCAUCUUUCUUUUAUUAAAAAUUCAAAAUUGUGCUAUGAGUAACAACUCAGAAAUUCUAAAAAUGGCACAUGCCAUUGUAAUGUGUAAAAAGUGAGCCACCUCCUUUAAGAUUCUGGUUUAAAUACUAUUUGCAACAUAACAAUUAAUAUGUUGUUGCAAAGUUAGUGGCGAUGGUUAUAACAUUCAAUUUCCCAAUUAAGUGGUAUGUAUUAGCUAGCAACAUGAAUAAUUGGUAGUCAGAUCUAUGAAUAAUCAAUGUAUAACUAUAUAAAUUUUCAAGCAUGGCUAGACCAUCAAUAUAUUACAUUAUUCACUAUUAAGCAAUUCUACAAAUGAGUGAUAACAAAUAUGAUAUUAAAUAUUUGCUAUGACUCAUUUGUGAUUGUGGUUUUACCAAAGGUGUAUAUUAAUCAGUAUUAUAAAUAUUAUGAAAAAGUAAUUAAUAUAUUAUGUCAAACAUUUGUAGUUUUAAAAUAAUGCCAUAAAUGUGAAAAUAUAAUCAUUUUCUAAUAAUAAAUUUACACCAUGUAUUCAAAAUUGUCAACAUGCACUUUUUUUAAAUGUCUCUGACAAACCAUACUCAUGUAAUAUACAUAAAACAUGUAUCUAGGCCUUAAUUUUAGACUGUUAAUCUAAUCUCAAAAGAUCCAAAGUUUAACUUCAUUGUAAUUAAACCUAAAAUCUUAUAAUUAAGAACAAUGAUAAUAAAUAAAUAAUAAAAUAUCAAAUGUU